AUGAUAGGCGGGUGUCGACGAGUCGCUUCGCCUUGUUAUCUUCUCUUCCUAUUGGCUCUUUUCCUCACCGCAUUUCGCGGAGCUUCUGCCGUUCGGUUCACGCUAGACCAGUUCGAGUGCCUGACCUACUACGUGCAUUACGUUGGCGACGAAGUGCAUGGUAACUUCGUCGUCGUCAGUUCGCAAACGUGGGGCGAAUGGGAGUCGCUGGGCGUCGACAUCGUUGUGGAGGACCCGGACGGGUACCACGUGCACUCGUCACAGGGGCAAACGGAUGGCGUGUUUUCAUUUGAGUCGAUGCGGGAGGGCGACUACAAGGUGUGCUUCACCAACAAGUCGCCCAUCAACGAGGAGAUUGUCUUUGAGCUGCACGUGGGGCACCACUUCAGUGAAAAGGAGCUCGCCAAGGAAGAGCACGUGGAGCAGACGAGGGACAAGGCGGCGAACCUGUACGAGCGCGUGAUGGUGCUGUCCAUGCAAGCCAAGUUCCGCCACUCGCAGGCUCAGAGGCUCAACGAGUGUGAGCCAACUCAUAUGGUGAGGAGGGCUGUGCUCCCUUGGAGGCCUGUAUUCAUAUUCAUUCCCGCAUGCCGCAUCCCCUCUCCACGCACCCCACUUUUCCCACAACAUCACCCCCUUUCACUCCCUCCCACACCUCCCCCCACUCCCCCUCCUUUUCCCCACCUCCUCCCCCUCGCGCCCUGCCCCUUCCCCCAUCUCCCAGUCCUCGCGCCCUACCCUUCCCCCAUCUCCCCCUCCCUGCACCCUGCCCUUUACCCCACCUCCCUGCCUCCGCGCUCCUGGCCCUUCACCCAACUGCAGUGGCCAAUGGCCAAUACCACCACAGGAAGGCUUAUCCUCCCACACCAUUGCUCCCCCUUCCUCUCUCCCUUCCUACCUUCCUUCCCAUUCCCCUACCCUGUCCCCAUCCCCCCUGCCAUCUCCCCCCACCGGUUUCCAUUCCCAGUGGCCAACAAGACCACCACAGCAAGCAAGGCUCAUCUUCAAGACGCCCUCCCUCCUCGUGUGCCCCACCUUUCCCCCACCUCCCCCUUUAUCUCUCGCCUUCCCCUCCACCCCGUUCCACCCGCCCUGUUUCCAUGCCCAGUGGCCAAGACCACCACAGCACGGCUCAUCUUCAAGACGGCCGUCCAAUCAGGCGCGCUCAUUCUUUGCUGCUCAAUCCAGGUGAUGCUACAGUGCUACUCAGGUGUAUCUGCUGCACCGUCUCUUCGAACGCAAGCUGGGAAGGUCAUUCGUCUGAUUGCGCUGCUGCGCUGCAACACCCACUGA